GAUUCGUGUCGUCACGGAUCAAAGUUGAAAUCGUACCAAGCAGAAACAACAUGGAGACCGAGGAAAGGAGAAUUCUCCCGAAAGCGGCUAAAAAAGGUGGAGAACACGCCAAGCAGCUGAGUGCGGAAGAAGAAGCAAGGAGAGAUGUGAUCCGGGAAACGCUGAGAGAGAGACUGGAACUGGAGAAAAGAGCCCUACAGGUGGUACAGCGUCUCAUAGAGGACAGCGUGUCUGAUGACUUCCUGCUCGACUGUGCCAAGUUAAUCACCGCUGCUAAUUACAAAGAUGUUGUGGAGGAAAGAUUCAUCACCAAAUUGUGUGGUUAUCCUUUGUGUGCAAAUAAAUUGGGAAAGAUCCCAAAGCAACAGUACAAAAUCUCGACUAAGACCAAUAAGGUGUAUGACAUAACGGAACGCAAGUCUUUUUGCAGUAACUUUUGCUAUAAAGCAUCCAAAGAAUUUGAGCUGCAGAUAUCAAAGACCCCACUCUGGCUUCGGAAGGAUGAGAGACCUCCAGAAAUCAAGCUGAGGAAGAAAGGCGACAUCGGAAGUUCUGGUGAGGAGGUGUGUCUGACAGCGAUAUGCCUCCAAGAGGAUGACAUUGAACAACCCUUGAUUACUCAACAUGAGGACCCGGGGGAGCGUUCCUUCACAGCCAGCCACAGCGACAGCAGCGACGACGAACGGGAGCAGGACUUCAUUCCCAGGGUGGUUUCCCGGGAACAGAGACCCAGGGUGCACUGGGGUGACCGGCCAAAAUGUAAAAAUGAAGGUGAACGAGUUGGACGUCUGGAGGCAGAAAGGAGAAAGGUAGAAAGCAGACGGCGUCAACAAAAGCAGAAAGUAGAAAAGGAAGGCAAAAUGACACGAGAUGAGUCUUUUGCAAGUGAAACGAACCAUGAAGAAGUGCGUGAGGAAGCCAAAGUGAACGAGGUGACGGAUCAACUGAAGUCAUGCAGCCUCCAUGCUGCAACACCCCCUCACAAAGCCUUCACAACUCCCCCAACCACUUCUAGUCUUACUGAAUCAACUCACCAAAGUGAAAGCAUUUCACAAAAUGGCCGAGAUCUGGUCGAGUUGAAUGCAGACAGCCUGCCCAGCCUCAAUAUCAUCCAUGUAGGGAUGAGCAAGCGAGGGGCCACGGGGUUAUGUAGUCUUCUCAAGAACCACGGCCCAGCAACAAAACACAACCUGAUUGGAGAGGCUCUCCUCGAAUCCUUAAGAGUGACACUGAACGAUUGGCUCACAGACGAGAGCAUUAAAUUCCUGCACGGUGCUGACCGUACGCUUGGCUCGCCCUCUACGUACAUGAAAGAAGAAGAGCAGGAGGAGGAGGAAUUAGAUGAAGAUGACCUUGAGGAUGAUGUGACUGAGGGGACCGGAGGAGGGGAGCAGAGGAGAGCCGUAGUGGCAGCUCCGGACUAUGAGACACUCAAAAGGGAAACCCAGCAUAUGGUACUCAAGGUCAGAGAGUUUUACAAAGGCAUCUGGAUUGUGCCUGAGGACGCAGAGAAGAUGAAUGGAAAUGAGGUAACCAUCCAGGACCAAAGCACAAGUGACUCCACAUGUCUGCCGCUGGUUGACUCCAAAGCUCAGCAUGUCAUCCAGAAGCGAAUCACGGUGGAGAAGCUGGCCAGCUGUCUCAGAAACAUUGUGGGCCCGCUGAGUCUCACUCUGAGUGACAUCACCAGUGACCUCAACAACCUGGUCAGGACAUUCAGGUUUACCAACACCAACAUCAUCCACAAACCUCCUGAAUGGACGCUCAUUGCUGUAGUGCUUCUCCAUCUGUUGUCCAGUGUGUCUCCAGUGGUUGGCGAAGCCUUGAAGACGCCUUCAUCAGUUUCAUACGUAAACACCCUCAUGGAAGAGCUGGGCCUACAGCAGCAAGACCUGUUGAACCUUCUCCAGCCAUUUAAAACCCCACCACACUGACAUACACACAAUACACUUCAGGGAAUGGACAUGGCUGUAA